GUUGGGGAAUUUGGCUCUAUGCCACACAGCAUCCUCACGGUGGUGGAGAUGAUACGGGGAAAGUCCAACUACCCAACCAUCAUCUCAGCAGGUGGGGACUUCGGCGAUGCUUAUUUCCUCUUCUUCCACUUCUUCUUCCUAAUCUUUCAGCAGUUCUUGCUCGCGAUCUUGGUCGUGGGCUACAUGAAGGUGCGCAAGAGGCAUGCAGACUCCGAACAGGUAGAAACACCUCUGCGGCGAAUAUUCCGCUCUGUGAAGAGUGCCCUGCUGCACCUCAGCGCGAACAUCCGAAGCCGCCUCAUCUCCUUGCAGCAGAUCUUCUUCGGCACUCAAGCCGCCAGCAAGGCAGUGGACUAUGAACAG